AUGGUGAAAAUGAAGAAACACAUUGAGGAAGAAGAAGGAGAGAUUGAAUGGCAAGAAGCAGCAGCCAUGGCUGCCAGUCUUCUCAAAGCUCGGAGAUCAGCAAGAAAGAGAUUCAUUGGGGUUCGUCAGAGACCUUCUGGGAGAUGGAUUGCAGAAAUCAAAGACACAAUUCAAAACAUAAGAGUUUGGUUGGGUACUUAUGAUUCUGCAGAAGAAGCUGCAAGAGCUUAUGAUGAAGCAGCUUGCUUGCUUCGUGGAGCCAACACUCGCCGAAACUUCUGGCCUUCUUCUCAUCAGUUUAAUAAUUCCCCGGCAAAUCCAGUUCUUCCCAGAAAGAUUGCCAAUCUCAUCCUUCUUCGGCUCAAAGCUCGAAACCUUGCUUCUUGUAAUUCUGCUCCAUUGGGCCAUUUUCCCAGUAACCAAACAGAAGAAGAAGAACCCAAGAUCCAGCUUGAUUAUUUUCUUGAUGGGUCUGAUAAUUAUAGAUCUGGGGGUACUACUAAUGGUUUUUGUAGUGAUGGAGUGAUUGAAGAGGGCUGUGGGAAGAGAUUCAAUCAUGAGGAAAGUGUAGGAAAAUCAGAAGAAGAUAAGGUGGCUAAUCUCAUGCUUCUUAGGCUAAAACAUGACACAGUCUCUGAUUCUGAAGUCACUCAUUUUCCCAGUAACCAAACAGGUUUGUACAACUUUCUAGAAGAGUCAGACAAUAGUUUUUUCACUGAUUUUGGAUUUGGAAACAAAACUAACAUGGAUGAUGAAGUAGGAUUAUUUAGUGAAGAAAAUUAUUAUGAGGUGCAAUUGAAAAUGAUUGAGGAAAACAUUGAAAUUAGAAGGGAAAAGGAAAGGUUUAUUGAUGAUGAAUCUGAUAUGAAGAAGUUCAUGGAUUUCCAGUUUUUGGAUAACGUGGGAUCGAUUUGUUAUUCUUCUUCUCCAUUUGAGAUCGCAGAGGAGAUGAUAGGGCCAAUGGAUCAGCAAGACUUACAUGAUUAUGAACAUGAUGGUGCUGCAAAUUAUGAACCAUCAUUUCUCAGAGAAACUUUUAGGAUAAAAUAUGAAAGAAAAUUCUCAGCUUGUCUGUAUACCUAUGUUGGUGUUUCUGAGUGCUUGAGGCUGCAAUUUGAAUCAGAAAAUGCAGAUUAUGGGUUGGAAAGUUUCUGA